GUGAUAAACGGUAACAUAAUGGGUUUUCCUCGUCACCCACAACUAAUAAAAGGAGGCGAUACAAAAGGCGUAUGAACAACGGUAACAUAACACACCAUACUCGCUUUCUACGCAGUUUUGCCAAGAUUAGCUUUUUUCUCCCACUUUUUUCAUUACAAUUGGUCAAUCAAUUACAUUACUUCCACAACACAUAACACAGCCUUCAUCACACAUCACUUCUCCCAAAAAUCUUCAAUCUCAUUCUUUCUGUAUAGUUAUUACCAUUAAAUUCCAGGUUUUCAGUAUCUUUGAAGGAAAUGGCUGACCUUCGAGAUAUUGGUAUUUCGGCUGCAUUUAACCUGCUGACUGCACUAGUAUUUCUCAUUGCCUUUGCUGUUCUUCGGCUUCAACCUAUAAACGAUAGAGUGUACUUUCCGAAAUGGUAUUUAAAAGGAAUCAGAGCAACUCCAUCUCGUUCUAAAGGUGUGUCCAAGAUUGUCAACUUGAACUUGAGAACGUAUUUGCGGUUUCUAAACUGGAUGCCAGAGGCAUUGAGAAUGCCUGAACCUGAGCUAAUUGAGCAUGCUGGACUUGAUUCUGUGGCUUAUAUUCGAAUUUACCUUCUUGGCUUGAAAAUUUUUGUUCCUAUUGCGGUACUAGCAUUUUCUGUUCUGAUACCUGUUAAUUGGACGGGAAGAAUGUUGGAAGGUGCUCAUGAUUUGACUUUCAGCAAUAUUGAUAAAUUGUCGAUAUCAAACAUUCCACGGGGAUCAAAUAGAUUUUGGGCUCACAUUGGAGUGGCAUAUAUUGCCACAUUUUGGACUUGUUACAUGCUAUAUAAGGAGUACAAAAUAAUAAUGACCAUGAGGUUGGAAUUUAUUGCUUCUUCAGAUCGCCGUCCUGAUCAAUUUACAGUUCUUCUGAGAAAUGUUCCACCAGAUCCUGAUGAAUCUGUUAGCGAGCAUGUUGAACAUUUCUUUUAUGUGAAUCAUCCUGACCACUAUCUCUUACAUCAGGUUGUGUAUAAUGCCAAUAAGCUAGCAAAAUUGGUCGACAAGAAACAGUCUCUGAAGAAUUGGCUAAUCUACUAUCAAAAUCAAUAUGAAAGAAAUCCUUCAAAAAAACCCACUAUUAAGACAGGUUUUUGUGGUCUUUGGGGAACUCGUGAGGAUGCAAUUGAUUAUUAUGCCAAGGAGAUCGAGAAACUUAGUGAACAAGAAGCUGCAGAAAGAGAACGUGUUUUAAGUGAUCCGGAAGCUAUAUUACCUGCGGCAUUUGUCUCCUUUAAAAGUCGAUGGGGAGCUGCUGUUUGUGCUCAAACGCAGCAAUCAAGAAAUCCUACUUUAUGGUUAACAGAAUGGGCUUCUGAACCAAGUGAUGUGUACUGGGAUAAUCUUGCAAUACCUUAUGUUGAACACAAUAUACGAAAGCUACUCAUGGCUCUUGGCCUUUUCUUCCUCAUAUUCUUCUAUACGGUACCAAUUACAUUUGUUCAAUCACUUGCCAACCUCAAUGGAAUUGAGAAGGUUUUCCCUUUUCUAAAGCAUUUAAUUGAACAGGACACCGUUAAGUCUUUUAUCCAAGGGUAUUUGCCUGGAAUUAUACUGAAGAUAUUCCUCCUCCUCAUUCCGAUGGUUAUAAUGAUUAUGUCCAAGAUCGAAGGCUAUACAUCAUUCUCAUCCCUGGAGAGAGUAUCAGCAAAGAAAUAUCAUUUGUUUAUACUUAUAAAUGUGUUCCUUGUAAGUAUAAUCGCAGGAACAGCUCUCGGACAGCUCAAAACGUUUCUGGAUCAGUCCCCUAGCGAGAUUCCAAAAACUUUUGGGGUUUCAAUGCCAAUGAAGGCCACUUUCUUUAUAACUUACAUCAUGGUGGAUGGUUGGGCUGGUGUUGCUGCAGAAGUCCUUAGAUUAGUUCCUCUGGUUAUCUUCCAUUUAAAGAAUACAUUCUUAGUCAAAACAGAAAAGGACAGGGAGCAAGCAAUGGAUCCUGGUUUUUUGGACUUUGCUGUAUAUGAGCCUCGGAUUCAACUUUAUUUUUUGCUUGGACUAGUUUACUGUGCAGUCACACCGAUACUCCUUCCUUUCAUUAUUCUCUUCUUUGCAUUUGCGUACCUGGUUUUCCGACAUCAGAUUAUUAAUGUGUAUGAUCGGAAAUAUGAGAGCUCGGCAGCUUUCUGGCCUGAUGUACACCGGCGCAUAAUUAUUGGUCUAGUUAUAUCACAGCUUUUGUUGCUAGGAUUGCUGAGUACAAAAGGUAUAAAGAUGUCAACACCAUUGCUCAUUGUCCUCCCAGUGUUGACAAUCUGGUUCUAUAGAGUUUGCCAAGGGCGUUUUGAAUCAGCAUUUACUAGAUUCCCAUUACAGGAAGCGAUGAUGAAGGAUACCUUAGAACGGGCAACAGACCCGAUGCUGAAUUUAAGAAGUUACUUACACGAUGCUUAUUUACAUCCAAUCUUCAAGGGUGGAGAGUUUUAUAUUGUGCCGCCUAGAGACGAGGAAGAGGGUGCUCCACUUGUACCAACAAAACGAUCUCAAAGGAGUAGCAAAGUUACUUCUCUUGCCAGUUCUGAAGCUAGUGUAUAGUGUUUUUAGUUCUUUUUGUACAUAUGAUAAACUUUACGGGUGGUUCUUUGUACAUGGUGCUUGCUAAUCUUCUUUUAGUACAAAUUAUUCAAAUUUUGAAAGGAAAUAAGAGCGAGAGUAGAUUUUUCA